AUCUUCCCAGCUUGACUCUCCCACGUCGUACCUGAAUGAUAAAUUCCCAUCUUCAAUUCUCGCACCCUUUCAUCUUCUCACUGUCGAUCGGUACCAAGAAGCGUACUUGGAAAUAACUUAGCAGUUAUUUUCCGGUUACGUAAGUAGCUACGGUCUAUUUUCUUGCACUUCUUUCAAUACUAUUUACCUUUUGGUCAUUUUACAACUAUUGUCCUGGUGACGGCUCAACUACUAAUACAAACCAAUGGUUCUUGUCCUUAACAAUGAACCGUCCUCGACGAGUCGUACGGAGUAAUCCGUCCCGAGCCGCCAAGCUGAAGAUGCCGGCCCGUGAAACAAGAUCAACCGCCGCAUAUUUUAGUUCCCGCCCACCUUCUUCUAACAACAACAUCGACGAUAACCAUAGCAAUGAUAGCGAUGACGCCGAUGACGCCGAUGACGAUGACGAUUAUGAUUCCGCCGGCAGCACAUAUCACGUCCCCGUCACUUCGCGAAAGCGAAAGAAGUCUCGCAACGAUGACUCGCCGUCUCCGAAGAAGGUCCAACGUCGAUCCACCACCCCCUCAAAGACUAUCACCCCACGCACCUCGCGUUCGACUGCGACUGCGACUGCGACUGCGACUACGUCUGCGUCUACGUCUACCCUUGCAGCUACCAACAGCGCACCUCCUUCCUGCCCUCCAUGGGAAACCUUGCCAUACUUGGUCUUCUUGAAUAUUUUCGAUCAGGUCGCUGCACCAAUUCGUGACACUUCAUCCCGCCGCGAAGAUGUUCACGAGGCUGUCCGUACUUUGUUAUCAGCUUCACAAACAUGUAAACACUUGUUUGAGCCUGCAUUAGCGAAUCUUUACAAGUGUCCUCCCUUCUACCAUCAAUGGCGCUACACCAAAACGCCCCACACUUCCUUCAGUCAAUUCAUCGACACUCUGAAUCUACCUUUGGACACAACCAUGAUGAACUAUCUGCCCAAAGUCGAGAUCUUGCAGCUGAACGUAGGUUCGGCCUUAGCCAAGAAACAGCUUGUGAACUGGGUGAGGUUGCAAUCGGUAAUGAAGCAUCUACCCAGACUUUCUCACUUCGAGUUUUAUCACCAGGCCGACGACGCCCCGUAUCGCAAUUUAGAUUACAGCGUUCGAUUCAAAUGUUCGGCCGAAGAGUUGAUGCAAGCUCUUGCAGCACGACGCAAGACAUACAGUUUGGCAGAGGGCAACGCAAGGCCCACGGAGUUGAAGAGCUGGCGUUGGAAUUCUCGUCUCACCUCCGAGUCCUUGUCGUUGGAGAAACUGGCACGAUUUCAUCUAAAACCCAGUUUCGCCAGUCUGAAAAAGGUUGCUUUUGUCAACUAUCAGCUUGCGUCUUGGGGUCUGACACGCAAGGUUCAGUUCACUGAAGAGAUCCUAGCAGAAGAUCGGCAAAGGGUGACCGAUCUCUCCAACUGCAUUUUGGCAUUGCCAAAUUUGGAACAUCUUGUCUUGGAGUCAAGCACCUUGGCAGGCGAAGCACUUUUGGAACAACUCCCGACUACGCUCAAGCAUCUUGAAUUGAUCAACUGCUGGGAGGUGACAGGCGACAGCUUCUGCAAAUUCCUGCUCACCCACGGCAAUCAUCUGCGAAGUCUCACCCUAAACCAUUGCCAAUCCUUGAAUCUGGCCUUUCUCCCUCUAUUGCAGAAGAGCUGCCCGCACCUUAGUCAUCUUCAAAUAGAUCUGUCCUACUUCCGGCAUCAUGAACACUACGCUGACAACAAGCCUGAAUAUGAAAUACUUCUCAAGGAGCAUGAAGCACCAGCGUGGCCUUCUUCGAUGCAGUCUAUUGAAAUCCUCCACAUGCGUAAGUGGAGCCGCAAAGCAGCAGAAGUGUUCUUUGGAAGCUUGGUUGAGAGCGCUCCGGAUCUGCCUCUCCUUCGUCGGCUCGUUCUCUCGGUCGCGCUUGAUAUAGGCUGGCGACAACGUUUAGAAAUCCGAGACUUCUGGGUUGACAAGUUCGACAAGGUCUUCAAGAGAAAGUUGAAGCCUCCUAUGGGCUUCGGGGCGAAGCGCCCGCCACGUGCAUCUACCCCGGAACGCACGUUAUCGAACUUGAAGGCCCUGCCGAAGGCCACGAAGCCUGUGAUGGCAUCUGCAACGACAUCUGCAACGACGCCUAGACGACGCAGUGCACGAAUCGCUGAGAUUUCUGAGAUUUCGCCCUCAUUGACCCCGUCAGAAAGCGAGGUUCCUUACUUGACCAAGACUGCGCUUAAUAAGGCUUCGGCUAUGAGUAAAGAACUCAAACAGCUUAAGGGUAGUGGAAAACUACUCAAGGAACAGGAGGCAGAUGAAGAAGACAGCGAAGAUGAACUCACCGCUGAUCACUCUGAUCGAAGUCGAUUAUAUUACAAGGUCACAAGACGUUCUAAGCGCUCACCGACCGAGAAAGAGUUUGUUCAUGGCCUAUGCGAUGUUGUAGAUGUCCAACUUGACAACCACCGACCGACGGAAAGACAUUUUGACAUGGAUGACUUCAUAGACUCGCCGUCGCCGAAUAAUUCCGACCCAGACUGGGACGGCGGAGACGCUGAUGUUUUCGACUGAAAGUUGGCGCCAGAGCAUAGGAUUCCAUCCCAUAUGGCCGAUACAACUUACAACAGCAUGAUUUGCAUGAGAACCAAGACAGGCACGAAAACCCCGCAUGGAUUUGGCGUUUUCUUUUUCAGUAAACUUGUGGGUUUUACUAGACUUAAGUCAUCACUGACAUUUCCACACUAAUUCGGCAUUUGCAAACGUUUGAUACCCCAAGAUAUGGAACCAAAAUUGGGCGGAAUGGGCCGUUUGCUUUACCUUGCAUGGUGAAAGAGGAGUUGUGGUAUACCGUUGUCAAGACUUCGGAGUUACAGAUAGCAACCUGAAAUGCAUUUGAAUUUCCAUCACUCUGAAUCGUUGUGGUAAAUGAACUGUUAAAAUUCAUUUCAUUGCUGGGCUUCGUAAGGCGUGUCUAAUGUAGGUACCUACCGAUUACCUGCACGUAGGUAUCUAGAGUAGAUAGAUAUUGGUACGGCAAAGGCCAUCAUACGAAAUAAAGGAUAACAUUUCAGUGUUGUCACAUCAUACCGUU